AUGGUUUAUCGCUUAUUCAAGCUUGGCGAGUGGCAGGAUGCUUACGACAAAGCCUCCGCCUUUGUUGGCACACUGACUACGUCCGAGAAGAUCUCCCUCAUCACGGCCGGUGAUGCCGGGAACUUCAGCGCCAUGAACAUGUUGGAUUCAGCGACCAACCCGCUGGCUUACGACCUGGCCCGCCGGGGCAAGGGAGUGGGUGCCGAGUUCAAAGGAAAAGGCGUCCACCUUGCCUAUGGGCCGACCCUCCAGCCCUUGGUUCGGUCUGCUUGGUGUGGCCGCACGGGGGAGUCGUACGGUCUGGACAGCUACCAUGCUGGCAUUAUGGCCGGCGCCGUCGUCAAGGGCAUCGUCCAAAUCGGAGACAAGGCAUUCCACGAAACUUACCUCGCGCCCUUUUACGACACGGUGAAGAACGGUAUGGGAGGAGCGAUGUGCGGCAUGAACAAGGUAAACGGUACCUACAGCUGCGAGAGCCAGGACUUGCUGGCAAAGUAUCUCAAGGUCGAGCUGGGCUUCCCCGGAAUCGUCCACGCCGACGUCUCGGCACAGAAGACGGGCAUCUCCGCCGCCAACGCGGGAAUGGAUCUGUCAUCCAGCUCACACUGGUCCAACGGCACGCUCGGGGUCGGCCUCACAAACGGCAGCUUCACGUCGGAACGGCUCGACGACAUGGCUAUCAGAAACUUGAUGGGCUAUUAUCACCUUAAUCAAAACCAAGGCUAUCCCACCCUGGCGGAAAAGACGGAACAUCGAGACGUCAGGGGGAACCACAGCGCCCUCGCCAGGAAGUACGCAUCCGAAUCAGUCGUCCUCCUGAAGAACACCAACAAUGCCCUGCCACUUAAAGACAAGACCAGCAUCAGCAUCUUCGGCACCCAUGCCGCCCCGCGGUACGUCGGCGCCAACACGGCCCUCUCCGUGUACGACGGCGAACCCUCCACGAUGCAGGGACAUAUGGCCACCGUUGGCGGCUCUGCGAUGGGCUCACUCGCAUACGUGACGACGCCGGUGCAGCUGUUCGUCCAGCGCGCGGCCGCGGACGGCUUCAUGCUGCGGUGGUGGCUGAACGACACCGUCUCAGAGACGAGCAGCGGCAUGGCGGGCGGCGAGGGCGCCGACCGCACGGAGCUGUACAACACGGAGCAGGACACCCUCGUCACGGCGGCGGCGGAGAACUGCAACAACACGAACGAGAACGUGACCGGUGUGCUCUAUGCCGGCGCGCUGGGCCAGGAGUCGGGGAACGCCAUCGACGACGUGCUCUUUGGGUCUGUGAACCCGUCCGGGCGGCUGGUGCACACCAUAGCCAAGAACGAGAGCGAUUACAACCCGGACACGAUCAUCAGCGACGGCGAGUUGGAGCUGAACUUCACUGACGGGAACUUCAUCGACUAUAAGUACUUUGAUCAGUAUAACAUUACGCCGCGCUACGAAUAUGGCUACGGUCUCAGCUACACCACCUGCAACUACUCCGAGACCGUCUCAGUCGAGUCUAACAACCUCAAGUCUGGAUACGCGACUGGGGACAGGGCUAUUGGUGGACGAGAGGACCUAUGGGACAUCGUUGCCACCGCCAAAACGUCCAUCAACAACACCGGCAGCGUGGCAGGAGCCGAGGUUGCGCAGCUGUACAUCUCCUUCCCCGCUGCUGCUGGUGAACCUGUUAGGCAGCUCCGUGGGUUUGACAAGACUACGAUCCAGCCUGGCGAGGGCGUGGAUGUCACUUUCGACCUCCCGCGCAGGGAUUUGAGCGUUUGGGGCGUGGCGGGACAGGAGUGGGAGGUCGUGAAGGGUGAAUAUACACUCUAUAUUGGAGCUAGCAGUCGGGACUUCAAGGCAACGGCCACUUUGACCGUCGCGUAA